UUUUAUUGUUAAUAUCUGUUUACCAUCACAGGAUAUUAAUGAUUGCCAUAGUACAGGUAAAUUAAUGUUAAUAUCUGUUUACCAUCACAAGAUAUUAGUGAUUGUCAUAGUACAGGUAGAUAAAUGUUAAUAUCUGUUUACCAUCACAGGGUAGUAGUAAUUGUCAUAGUACAGGUAAAUUAAUGUUAAUAUCUGUUUACCGUCAAAAGAUAUUAGUUAUUGUCAUAGUACAGGUAUAUUAAUGUUAAUAUUUGUUUACCAUCACAGGAUAUUAGUGAUUAUCAUAGUACAGGUAAACUAAUGUUAAUAUCUGUUUACCAUCACUGAUUUAAUGUUAAUAUCUGUUAACCAUAUCAUGAUAUUAGUGAUUGUCAUAGUACAGGUAAAGAACUUUAAUGGCUUUAAUUUAAUUCUACCAAAGAAUAUGAGAUAAAUAGGCAUUGAAAAGGGUUACAGGAUCUACCAGAAUAGUGUCGUUGUUCCUAUGGUUGGAGGACAUCUUUAAAAAAGAUCCACUACUUAUAGUCUACAGUGAGGACUUAUGUGCAUGCUUUUUGAUUUUUUUAAACAUUGGAAGAACAUAGAUGUAUGCUGACAUGACAUGAAUUCAUCAGUUAACAUACCAAGAUUUAAAAGGUUUUUAAAGAAAAAUUGAAUAUUACAAUUUUGAGUUAAAGACUUCAGAUGUUGGAGUCAAUUGACCAGCUCUAAAUUAAAAAAACCCUAAGAGGGUCAAAGAUUCCGGGAAAAAAAACCUUUGAAAGUUUUUAUAGAGUCAGAAGAGAGUAACAAAUACUGAAAUAGUUAAGAUAUUAUUUUUUCAGAAAGAGUUUUAGCCUCAGUUUUGAUACGUAAAUAUUAUUGUUUUAUACAUGAUGAUAACCUUUAAAUAAAGUGUACCUUUUAUAACAUAUAAUUGAUACAAAUUGUUUUAUGUUAUUGAUUUUUUAUUUCAGACAUUAUCGAAAGUCACUGAGUGAAAUAUUUGACACCAUUAAAGUUGACAGUUACCCUACCACUAGAGUAUCCCUCAAGUGCCUCACCCAAAAUAACAUUAUCAUCGUCAUGGUUGAAUGGUACUCAGCUGACCAGUUUGUGUUCACAACUAGACAUUUUAUGGGAUGAUUAUCAAGGAAUGCCUAUACUAAAUACAUGGAUUGAUUGGUUAGAACAUAAUACUCUCAGUUAUUUAGGUGUAGAAGAUGGAGUAAAUUUACAGAUAUCUAGGGGUUGCAGUGGUGAAUGUGAUGAAAGAGUUGGAUUUGAAUUUAACAAUAUUGAAGAGACUCUUAAUGAUUUAUUCAGAUACAACCAACAAGAGGAAGCAGUAGAUUUUCUUUAUCAUGAUCAGGAAUGUUCCAUUUGUUUUGCAGAGAAAUCAGGUCAUGAUUUCUACAGUUUCUUGCCAUGUAAACAUUAUUACUGUAAAGAAUGUGUUGCUGCUUUCUGCUCUAUUCAUGUUAAAGAUGGUACCGUCCAACAAUUGCUAUGUUUAGAAUCAAAUUGUAAAACAGAAAUAAAACCUUACAUCAUGAAGGAAGUGUUAGAUGAGGAGGAAUACAAGAGAUGGGAACAACUUACCUUUCAGAAAGGCCUUGAUGCAAUGGGAGACAUCUCAUACUGUCCACGAUGUGAGAUUGCUCUAAUCACAGAAGAAAAUUCUUUAAAUAUGGCUCAUUGUGUAACUUGUCAGUUUACAUUCUGUUUGGAAUGUUCAGAACCUGUCCAUCCUGGUGAAAUAUGUUUCUUCAAAAAGGAAAACAAUUUAAAGGAAGAAGAAGAGAGGAAAAAUAGAGAGGGGGAAAAUGAAAAGGAAUUUCAACGGAAACUUAAACGCAUGGAAGAAGUAAAAAGCCAUGAUUUUUUAAAAGAAAAAUCAAAGAAAUGUCCUGUUUGUAAAGUGAAAAUUAUUAAAGCUGGAGGAUGUAACCAUGUGAUAUGUACAGUGUGUAAGAGUUCUAUGUGUUGGGCAUGUGGCAAGGAUACAACUCAAGAUUCUUACAAACAUUUUCAGGAAUCUCCAGAUUGUUCUCUAUAUAUAUUUGAUGAAAACCUUCCUGUUACCAAUGAGCCACCAAUGAAAAUACAGGAGCUAAACACAGCAUUAGGACUAGGGAAAACAAUAGAUCAUGCAAUGUGUCCAGAAUGUACAGAAAACAAUUUACGCAAAGAAAACAUCAAUCAUGUCAUAUGCUGGAAGUGUAGUACAAAUUUUUGCUAUCUCUGUAGGAAAAGAUUAUAUCCCCCUAUUGGUCGACACUUUUUAAGGACUAAAUGUAGCAGAUAUUCAGAUAAUUGAUAAUUUUAUGCCCAGUUGUGUUCUGUCAAAUUUCAUUAGAGCAACAGCAGUUUGUUUUAUUUUUUUACCAUAAAUCAAUUUUUCUUUUAGGAAAGUUCUCCAUGUCAAAGGUCAAGAUUCCACUCUCUAUAAAAAGACUGAAAAGUGAGCUAAAUAUUGGUUUCUGGAUGAUGUCUAUUGAAUCACAUAUCUAUUCAUUUCCAACCUUCUGUUUGGAUUAGUGGACCUGGGUCAGAUGUCCUUUGCUGACUUGAUGUCUUUACGUCAUAGGUUAAAGUUACAGGAACUAUAAAUUUAACUGAUUGUAAUUUUGGGAAAUCUUUGAAUCAUACACCCAGUCUUUACCACACUUAAGUUGAUAAUAAUAUUUCAGAAGAUCAUGAUAAAAAAACUGAAUUUUCAACUUAUAUACAGGAUUUUAAAGGGCCAAGUUCAGUACAUCUAUAAAUAGACUGCAAUUUUUGAAAAGACUAUUUUUUUUAAAGUUUUAUCCUCUGAAUAAAAUGCCUAAUUUGAACCAAAUUUAAGUGGUUUAGACAUUUGUGGCAGGUAUUCUAAAACAAUGUGAGGCAACAGGAUAUUUUUAUGCCACACGUACAAUAGUAAGGGUAUUAUGUUUUCUGGUUUGGGCAUCCGUCUGUCCUGUAUCAUGUUAAUGUUUUGGUUUAAGGUAUGUUGUGAUCAGAUCAACUUGAAACUUGCUUCACAUGUUCAUUAUGAAGUGAACUUUUAAAAUUAAAUGCCAAAUUAGGAUUUUAAACCAGAAUUUGCCGAUCACUUAAUUUACAAAUGUUGGUGUGUGAGCUGAGAAAGUGUUCUGUGGACACAUAUUCUUGUUUAUCCUGUUAAAAAUCUCUUUUGUAUUUGACAGUGGAGGUAUUCAAGCAAAUCAAGGUAACCACUGAGAAAUCAAGGUCAAAGAAUUUGAUGAAAAUGAAUAUAAACUUGUUCUUUGAAAUGGGUUCCAUCAAUUAACAAUGCUUCAUCUGAACUGUUAUAAAUGAUUUUGACUUUAAAGCAAUAACACUCUGAAUAAAGACAAUAUUUGACAUCUAUGUAAUAUUUUUGUCAAUCUACAUCUAUUUUAAUAGCUUUUUUAACAUUCUUUCUUAAUAUAAAUAUUGGAGAAAACAUUGAAUAACUGAUAUAAUUUAUUUAUUAAAAAAAAAGUUUCACACAGUUCUGUGGAUGUUAACAAGGUGGUUUUGUCAAUUUGUUCAUGCCAAACACUUUUAAUUAGUAUAGACAAGCUAAAUUAUAUAAUUUAAUAAAAUUAUUUAGGUUCAGAAACUUCAAAAAGAAAAAUCAAUUUACUGUACAAGUUCAUCUGUUGGAUAAACCUCAGAUGUUUGCCAAACAAUCAACAAUUGGUUCCUAUAGAUAGUGGUAUUAUAUAGUAACUUACAAUAGAAACAACAGGUUUGAUUCAUUGAGAGGUAAUGUAGUCAAGAUCACUGCAUAUGGAAAAGCUAAUGGCGAAUUGGAGUACAGGAAGGCAAUAAUUCAAUAGCAGCACAUUUCUGAAGAUUUGGAUGAGAUUAAGGAUUUUCUCUUAAAAGAAAGUUCAUGUACACGUGUUUUAUAUUUAUAACACAUAGCUAUUCAAGUAUAUAAAACAUAUUCAACUUUUUUUUUAAUUUGAAGUAUCAUAUGACUUUAAUGAAAAACAAUUUUACAAGGAUCAUAGGUAACACAGUAGUAGUUUUACAUGUUUCUAUUUGCAGCCAGUUGAAUUGAUAGCUUUCUGUAUUAAAAAACACUUUGCUAAAUUUUUAACAAAAUUUUCCUUUACAUUUUACUUGUUAUUGAAUAUUUUUUGUCUAAUUUAUUGUAUAUUUUAUAGUGUUGUAUUAGUCCUAUUUACCUUCUUAUAUCUACUGUUACUUUAUGAUAAAACUGUGAUAUAUAUGUUUGUCCUAAUAUCUGGAAUCAUUAAAAUUUUUUGACUUAACCCAA